AUGUUCUCGCGUCUUCCGCUUUUCCGACGUGGAUCCGCAGUGCUCGGCGUCUCUGCCGGAAUCUAUGUGGCCACGUGGCAGAAUACUCGCACCGGGCUCUCCAAAAUCCACGUGGCUUCGUCUUCCUUGUCGGUCGAAGCCUUCAAACAACCUCUACCGGCUCGAGAAUCUCUCGUCGACUCGUUGAAAGACGAACAGUUCGAUGUGCUGGUCAUUGGCGGCGGAUCGGCCGGAGCCGGAGUCGUGCUCGACGCGCAGACACGUGGAUUGAAGAGUGCGAUGGUGGAAUACGGAGACUAUUGCUGCGGCACUUCCUCCAAAUCUUCGAAGCUUCUGCACGGAGGCGUCAAGUAUCUGGAGACGGCGUUGAAAGAAUUGGAUUGGGAGCAGUACAGGAUUGUGCAAGAGGGCCUAGACGAGCGGAAAAACGUGAUGAAAGCGGCGCCGUAUCUCUCGAGAACCUUUCCGGUGCUGGUGCCCACUUAUAAGUGAGAUAUCAUAAGUUUGAAAUUAUCACACCCAAUGCUUUCUUUCAGAUGGUGGCAAUCGGUGUACUACUGGGGAGGCGUUAAACUUUACGACUUUCUAGCCGGCAAGGGCGUCUUGAAGCCGUCAAGAUUUGUGAGCAAGGAAGAAGCGCUGGAGAUCUGCCCGACAAUUCGGAAAGAAGGACUCCGUGGAGCCAUCUUGUACUACGACGGACAACAGAAUGAUGCGAGACUUGUGUUGGCGGUGGCGCUCACGGCGAUCCGCAACGGGGCAAAGGUACGCAAAGUUGAGAAUUCAGAAGCAUGUUAUGAGCAUUUCAGUGCGUGAACCACACGGAAUGCGUCGAUCUGUUGAAGGACUCAAACGGAAAGGUCUGCGGAGCAUUGGUCAGGGACCACAUCACCAACGAAACCUACAAAAUCCAUGCGAAAACAGUCGUCAAUGCGACCGGUCCGUUCAACGAUCACAUCCGGAAAAUGGCUGAUGAAGAUCGGAAGCCGAUGAUUCUCGGGAGUUCCGGCAUCCAUUUGACGAUCGCCAAGUAUUUCUGCCCCGGAAAAACGGGCCUCAUCAAUCCGAAGUCUUCGGACGGUCGAGUGAUCUUCGCUUUCCCCUGGGAGGACUUCACAAUUGUGGGAACGACGGACGAUCAAGCCACGCCGACUCAUGCGCCAACAGUUUCCGAGAAGGAGAUUCAGUACAUUUUGAAGGAGAUGAACAGAAGUUUCGAAAAGGAAUGGCAGAUUCGCAGGGAGGACGUGACGAGUGUCUGGUCGGGCAUCCGGGGAUUGGUGCUGGAUCCGAGGAAGAAGGACCACAAGACACUGGCGAGAACUCACUUGAUUAAUGUGAGGGAACGAUGAAAAUAUCGCAAAGUUUAUUCUUUUAGGUCGGACCAUCAAAUCUGAUCACAAUUGCUGGCGGCAAACUCACCACGUUCCGUCACAUGGCCGAACAGACCGUCGACAAGUUGGUCGAAGUGCACAAGCUUCAGGACCAAGCAGCGCCCUGUGCCACUCGCGGAAUGAUGUUCGAGGGGGGACACGAGUACAGUCCGAUGCUCUACCGGUCCCUAGCUCAAAAGUACGGGCUCGAGGAGCAAGUGGCCACCCAUCUGUGCCAAACUUACGGCGACAAAGCUCUCGAGGUGGUGAAGCUGUGCAAAUCGACGGGCAAGAAGUUUCCUGCCAUCGGACACCGUCUCCACCCCGACUUUCCGUUCCUGGAGGCCGAAGUUCGGUACGCCGUUAAAGAGUACGCCCGGAUUCCGGCCGACAUUCUCGCCCGCCGCACGCGUCUCUCACUUUUGAACGCACGCGCGGCACGCGAAGUGUUGCCACGUGUCGUCGCGAUUAUGGCCGAAGAGUUGGGAUGGUCGGAAGUGGAGCAGAAGCGGCAGUACGAGGCGGCGAUGAAGUUUUUGAGAGUUGAGAUGGGGUUGAGCAAGCUGGGAAGAGGAGAGAAGAAGGUCGAGUUGACUAGGUAUGGAAAAAGUGAGCGCUUGAAAACGGGGCUCUGAUGUUUUCAGCUCGGAAAAAUCGGAAAUCGCGCAGAAAUUCCGGCAUCUGGACAAAGAGCAACGCGGACACUUCACAAGCGGAGACCUCCAACACUUUCUGACACAAACGAACCCAUCCGAAAAACUGGCGACCGCGUUGGUGGAGGACGUGCUUCUGGAGGCGUCGGGUGGCAAUUACUACGUGUCACGGAUCGAUUUGGAAGACGUAAGUGCUCUCUAUUGAUAAUUGAUAGCUGUUUCUUUAUAGAUCUACUUGAAAAGCAAGAGCGGAUCGUUCAAGGGACGUCGUCUGAUCGAUCAUCUCGGAGACCUCGGCGAGUCCACUUUAUAA